GAGAGGUACAGAAGAAGUGCAAGCAAGUCGGUGGCGCAUAUUCCCAUGCGCAGUGCGCUAGAAAUUACUCAUAACUUUAAUAAAAUUUCAACGGAGCUGUAGUAUUACAACAUCUUAUAGUUGUAUAAACAAAUAUUUAACAACAAUUGUGCUGCGAACAUAUCGAACCAGAAAGAAACUGUACACAUCGUGCUCUCUUACUCUCGGAGACAACAACACAACUCACUGGCAACUACCGUUCGUGCGUUGAGUGGAAUAUUUAGUCUCAGUGCAAGCGAAGGUGAUUAUAUUGUUUAUAAUUAAUUUAUAAACAAAUUGCCAGGCAACAAUUUUUUGGAGUAAAAAAAGUGUAAAAGACAACGCAAAAAAGACCUUGCAAUAGCGCUACACAUACAGAAACGUUUUACUCGCUCUCGCUCCGACAGACCUUGUGGAGACCAGUGCUCUCCCCAGUUAACGUGUGUGUUUGUGUGUGUGCGUGAACGUGGAGACUGCCCCUCCGAAAACAAAAGUUUUGGCGCCAAAACUUUGACAGUUCGCUUUGUCGUGCGAUUCGCAAACAAGUGGCCCAAAGCAGAAACGACAAAACUGCGUCGCACAGUCAAAACAGCCAAAGCAGCCAAAACAGAGCUGCCCCCAGUGCCACAUCCAGACACCAGAUAUACCCACAAACAGCAAACAUGGUCAGUGCACGCGUGCUAAAUCCCGUCAUGCUCAGUGAGUUCUGCAAGAUAAGUGCCAGUCCGUCGAUCAGUCGCAAUUUGCCCUGCGGCCGUCAGGUGAAUCGCAUCAAGCGCAAUCUCUUCGGCAGCCCCAGUACCACGGAGGCGAGCACCAACAAAGCGCCCUUCAAUGCCGAGCUGGAGAGACACCAGGAAAUGGCCACACAGAAGUGGGGAUUCAACUUCCGCGCUGGCACGCCGUUGGCGGAUAGCUCCUCGUUCAUCUGGGAGCUUGUCAGCUUUCAGGAGUCCAGCUUUGCCCCCGAAAUGUACACCCUGACUCGUGCGGCCCACGUACGUCCCAGCGCGGAGUCCGGCGCCAGCGACGUGGAUGCGCUGAUCAAUGAGCGUGCUGAGCGCGAGAACUUUACAGUGAAUGUGGCGAACUCGUCGCUGGAGUCCAACACAGACAACGACUCUUGCUACGACUCCCAGGACGAGUCGCUUACCGUGCGAUUCACGCCGUCCAGCCUGAGUCAAAGCCUGAGCAGCACAACAUCCGCUCAGGCGCUGCGCAAGCGACAGCCAAAAAUCACAGAGUUCAUGAAGGAGCGCAAGCGACUGGCCCAGGCUCCCAAGAAACUGUCGCCCGCGAAACGCCUGCGCACCACCUCACCAUCAUCCUCUUCCUCCAGCGGAUUCGGACUGGGAGCGCACUUUGGGGCAAUGCUGAAGCGGCCGCGCCACAAUUAGGGCGCCCGGGUCCCACCACUGCCCCACCGAAUCGAGACUUGCAAUCUGCAAUUGUAUAAUUUUAUUUGAUUUUUUAUAAGCCACUGCGAUUUGUAGUAUUCUUCUUAUUUUUUACAAACCUUUUAUGCAGUGCAAGGGCGACAGUUGCGAAUAUUAAUUGAUAGUCUUCAACUACUCCUAACCCGUAACCAGUAACUAGUUGUAAGCCAAUAAGUUCGAGCUAAAUGAAACUUUGUAGAUUUCCCUAGUGGGAAAUGCCAUAAACUAA